AUGGGUAAGUUGGGCUACAGGGUUUUGCUUAUUGUUUCUUUCGGUUGCCUGCACCAGACAACAGAUGCCAUUCACAUGGAGAAACUGGCCAACAGAAAAAUGUGUGCAGAUAGAUACUGCUCAUAUGUUAUAUCAGUGGCCAAAGUUCUUGAGGACUACAUUGCUUCUGACUGCAGAUUCAUUAACCUAAAGAAAGGCAAGAUGAUUUAUGUUUAUUCCAAAUUUAAGCCAGUAGAGGGCACUGGACUCUUCUGGUUGGGAAGUGUGUAUGGUGACCACUAUGUAGAUCAAAUGGGUAUCAUUGGCUACUUUCCAAGUAACCAUGUAAAUGAGACACACAUUUUUGAAAAGAAAACCAUUGAGAUGCCCACAGCUGACAUGGACUUCUUCUGUGCUUGA